AUGGUUACAUCACAGCAGAGGUCCGCUCCCCGGUGGACGGCCGUGUUCUUGCUGUGGACGGCGCUGUGCAGCUUGUUCUUGCCAGCUGUAUCUGUCAAGCAUGAAAACUUCAAAACCUGCGACCAGUCUGGCUUCUGUAAACGCAACCGCGCAUUCGCCGACGACGUCACUGCCUCGAGCUCCUUCGUCUCCCCAUACGCCCUCGACCCCACGACACUUAAGUUCAAGGACGGCCAACUGGACGCUGUAGUACUCAAGACGGUCGGAGAAGGUGCCGAGAAGGUCCAGUUGCCGCUCACAGUCACUUUCCUCGAAUCUGGCGUUGCAAGAGUUACCCUGGACGAAGCAAAGAGGCAGAAAGGAGACAUCGACCUCAGGCACGACAGCAAAGCCAGAAAGGAGCGAUACAACGAAGCUGGCAAAUGGGCGCUCGUCGGCGGCCUGAAGACCUCCAGCGGCGCUGCAUUGGCUGAAGCAGCCGAUGCUGGCUACACCAAGGUCGUCUACGGCAAAGGCAGCAGGCACCAAGCCAUCAUCCGCCAUGCACCUUUCUCGAUCGAGUUCCAGCGGGACGGCGAGACCCAAGUCAAGUUCAACGAGCGUGGUUUCUUGAACCUGGAGCACUGGAGGGCAAAGGUCGAGAAGCCCAAGGAGGAGCCAAAGGACGGCGAGGAGGCCAAAGAAGAGCCAAAGGUCGAGGAGGAGAAGGUCGAGGAGGAAAAGGGCGAAGACGAGAGUACAUGGUGGGACGAGAGUUUUGGUGGAAACACCGACACAAAGCCUCGCGGCCCUGAAGCUAUCUCACUCGACAUCUCCUUCCCCGGCUACGCCCACGUAUUUGGUAUCCCAGAACAUGCCACAAGGCUCUCACUGAAGACGACGAGAGGCGGCAACGAUGCCUACACCGAGCCAUAUCGACUGUACAACGCUGAUGUCUUUGAGUACGAGAUGGACAGCCCAAUGACUUUGUACGGCGCCAUCCCAUUCAUGCAGGCACACCGCAAAGGAUCCACCGUCGGUGUCUUCUGGCUCAACGCUGCCGAGACAUGGAUCGACGUGACCAAGACCAGAAACACUGCGAAUCCGCUGGCGCUCGGUGUCGAAGGCCACACUGACACGCACACCCACUGGAUGUCCGAGAGUGGUCUCUUGGAUGUGUUCGUCUUUCUUGGACCCACCCCUCAGGAUCUUACCCGUCAGUAUGGUGAGCUCACUGGAUACACUGCCAUGCCCCAGUCGUUCGCCAUUGCCUACCACCAGUGCCGCUGGAACUACGUCACCGACGAGGAUGUCAAGGAUGUUGACCGCCGUUUCGACAAGUUCAACAUCCCGUACGAUGUCAUCUGGCUCGACAUUGAAUACACCCACGAAAAAGAAUACUUCACCUGGGACCCGCUGACAUUCGUUGACCCAAUCUCCAUGCAGCAGCAACUCGACAAGCGAGACAGGAAGCUUGUGGCGAUCAUCGACCCUCACAUCAAGAACACCAACAACUACCCUAUCAUUGACGAGCUCAAGAGCAAGGACCUCGCUGUCAAGAACAAGGAUGGCAACCAGUACGAGGGUUGGUGCUGGCCCGGUUCCUCCAUGUGGGUCGACUGCUUCAACCCAGCUGCCAUUGAUUGGUGGAAGGGUUUGUUCAAGUAUGACAAGUUCAAGGGAUCUGCUCACAACACAUUCAUCUGGAACGAUAUGAACGAGCCCUCUGUCUUCAACGGCCCUGAGACUACUAUGCCCAAGGACAACUUACACCACGGCAACUGGGAGCACCGCGAUGUCCACAACAUCAAUGGCAUGACCUUCCACAAUGCUACCUACCACGCCCUGACUGAGCGCAAGAAGGGCGAGCUCCGCCGUCCAUUUGUCCUCACUCGUGCCUUCUACUCUGGCAGUCAACGUAGUGCGGCCAUGUGGACUGGUGACAACCAGGCUGACUGGCCCCAUCUUGAAGCAUCUCUGCCUAUGAUUCUCAACCAAGGCAUCUCUGGUUUCCCAUUCGCUGGUGCUGACGUUGGAGGUUUCUUCGGCAACCCCAGCAAGGAGCUUCUCACGCGCUGGUACCAGGCUGGUAUCUACUACCCGUUCUUCCGUGGCCACGCCCACAUCGACACUCGCCGUCGUGAGCCUUACAUUCCUGGAUCGCCAUACACUGAGAUUAUCACUCAGGCUCUUCGUCUGCGUUAUCAGCUGCUUCCUGCCUGGUACACUGCCUUCCACGAGGCCCACACAACUGGUGCACCAAUCGUGCGUCCUAACUUCUACAUCCAUCCAGAUGAUGAGGCCGGUUUCGCGGUCGAUGACCAGCUCUAUAUCGGGUCCACCGGUCUGCUUGCUAAGCCAGUCACUAAGGAAGGCGCCGACAGCGUCUCUGUAUACAUCGCAGACGACCAGCCUUACUACGACUACUUCGACUACACCACUUACACCGGCAAGGGCCAGCACACUGUCCCUGCACCUCUCGAAAAGAUCCCGCUCCUUAUGCAGGGAGGUCACAUCAUUCCCCGCCGCGACCGUCCCCGUCGUUCUUCAGGCCUCAUGAAGUACGAUCCCUUCACGCUUGUUGUUGUUCUCGACAAGGACGGCAACGCGGCAGGCACACUCUAUGUCGAUGACGGCGAGACAUUCGACUACCAAGGCGGUGCCUUCAUUCACCGCCGCUUCUCGUUCGACGGCAAGCGCAACAUCCUCACCUCGUCGAACCUCGACACUAGCACCGUCCGCACCGUAAAGUACGAAAAGUACGCCAAGUCGAUGGACAAGGUCCGUGUUGAGAAGGUCAUCGUCAUCGGUGCACCAAGUGCGUGGAAGGACAAGGACGAGGUCAUCGUCAUGGAGGAGGGCUCGAAGGAGAGCAAGAGAAGGAAACCAGUGCCUCUUGAGUACUACCCUGCCGAUGGCAAGAAGGCCGCCUUCGCAAUCAUUCGCGACCCCAGCGUAGGCAUUGGACGGGGCUGGAAGAUCGACUUUGGUGGCGCGAAUGCUGGUCCUCAUGACCACCACGGACACGAGCAUUGA